AUGACGUAUAACGGAGAUUUUGGCGCGUCCUAUCGAACCCCGGAAGCGAGCGAGCCCGGGCUCAACCAUCGCCUCUCCUCCAACUUGACCAAGGUCAACGACCUUGACAGCUUCACUUUCGAGACAACCGCCCCUCCCGUCCGCGCGAGGCAUUCCAUAGCAUCCGUACAGUCCUACUCACACCGGUCCUCGCUGCACGAUUCAGACGACACCGACAUAAGACCGGCGACAGCCUCCUUAUGGCCUCCGUCCUUCCCGUACUCUGGCGCAUCUGGCUACGAGUCCUUGUCGCCUAGAUCCAGCGCACCCUCGAGAUCGUCCUCACAUGCGAGCCGGAAGGUUGGCCGCGCCAUCUCGCGCCGCGGCGAGAAGCCCAUCCCCGAAGAGGGGCACGACCUAUCUCUUUUGCGUUCCGCCGCGGCGAUUGGUCGAGCGCCGCAAGACGACGCGGUCCUGGAUGACGAACCUAUAUUCGAUGUGACCGCCACCCUUGGACCUAUGGGCUUCCAAGACGAGGCCUUCGUGAAGAAACUGCAGGAGCAGGAGGCGAGGGGUUUCCUCACCGGCGGUUUGGGGGCGGGUUUCAAGCCCGACACCACGAUCAAGCGUGAGGACCUCUUUUCGCCCGAAUCGCCAAAGAGAUCCCUCACGCGAUCUUUCACUCGCAGGCCCAGCUUGGGCAGGCCGAGCCUGGGCCGUCGAGCGACAAUCAAGGAUCUCGGUCAGGACGAGGCCAACAAGAGGGGAGAGGUCAUCGAAGUCAUCAUGGAAGAGCAACCGCAGCCGUCCCCGGGACUAUUCGACCAGGUCGACCUCAGCGUCAUGACGGGGCCGAACAUUGGCGGUGGCGAUGGCAUGCGCCAGGCCACGUUCCCCGCCAACAAGGGCCAGAAGACUCAGGUGUUUUACCCGCAGCCCAACUGGAAGCCCUUUCCGAUGAGAUGGCCCUACCUGACCGGGCUUAUCAGCUUGUCGAUCGCUCUGGCCAUCAUGGUAGAGUUCCUCUUUCAGAGAUCGAGGACCCACCCGCUGGUCCAGUUUCAGUCUCCGGCCGAGGUCCCGGCGCUCGAGUAUUUCGCCGUCAAGUUCCUGCCGACGAUACUCUCCGUCGUCUACGGUGUCUUGUGGCAGGUCACCGACUUCGAGGUCAAGCGCCUCGAGGCGUACUAUCAGCUGUCGAAAGAGGGCGGCGCACUCGCGGCCGAAUCACUCAACGUCGACUACGUCACGUGCUUUAGCUGGCUGCGGCCCAUCCGAGCCAUCAAGCUGCGGCACUUUGCCGUCGCCGCAUCGUCCAUCGCGACCUCCCUGGCCGUGUCGUUGGUGCCGACGUUUGGCUCCGCCGCCUUUGUCCUGUAUCCCGAUCGGGCUACGCGACUUGCGCACCCCAACGGCGACAAGGAGAUCCGCCUCCAAGCGGUGUGGGCGAGGCUGCUCUCCUCGACCCUGUGCGUCUGCGCCUUCUUUGGCUGCGUCCUCAUCUACAUCCUCCAGAGGAGGAGGUCUGGCCUGCUGGCCGACGUCAAAGGCAUCGCAGGCCUCGCCUCGAUGGCCGUUGUCAGCCACAUCCUUGUGGACUUUGCGGAUCUGGAUGUCGUGAGCCACCGCGAUAUCCAUGCCAGGCUCAAGCACCGCCGCUACGUUCUCCGAAACGCAUCGCUGGCUCCCGACGACGAGAAUCCGGCAUCCUCGCAGGAAACGGACAGGUUUAAAGACGAUUACGCGUCUCAGAACCCUCACCCUCGCUCGCUGCGCCCCCACGGUUUCCUGCCCUUCAUCAUCGGCAUCUUGCUGUUCCUGGGCUUCAUCCCGGUGUUCCUCUUCUCCAACGCCAGCGUCAUCACGGCCAAAGCACCGUGGAUCGUGACCGCCUUGGCCGUUUCUAUCAAGCUCGGCUGGGGAGGCCUGGAGACGGACAUGCGCAUGAUGGAGCCCUACUACAUCCUGUCCAAGAGGCACUCGCCAUCCAAGACGCUCACGCUGGAUUACACGGCCAUGCCGUUUGGCCUGAUGCCGUUCCAGGCCUUUUUCAACGGACACAUGCUCAUGUUCCUGGUGGGCUUCGGCAGCAUGAUGGCCGAGGUCUUGACGGUUUUGCUGACGGGUCUGGCAACAGUCGUGGGCACGGAAUUCCUCGAGGUCACGUCCUCAGGGACGGGCAAGCCCGGCGAGGCCGACGACAUCAACGCGGGCCAGGAGACGGUCGCGUCGUUCUGGGUCUCGUACGUGAUGGCGACCUUCAUCCUGCUGUACAUGGGCGCCGUCUCGACGGUUGUGUUCCUCCGGCGGCGGCACCCGUUCCUGCCGCGGCAGCCCAACACCAUCGCGUCGCACCUGGCGUACAUCCACCAGAGCAAGAUGAUUUACGACUUCGUCGGCACGUCCAAGCUGAGCAACGCGGGUAUGGUGCGCCACCUCGAGAAGCUUGGCAAGACGUACGGGCUGGGCUGGUUCGAGGGUCGCGACGGCCAGACGCACUGUGGCGUGGACCAGGAGGAGCUGCUCGGCGGCUACAAGCACGGCAUGGACUUCCAAGGCACGAACAAGCCGUGGAAUCAGCAGUGGGACUCGUACGACUGA